ACGUAAUGUGAUAGAAAGAGGGAGAAAAUGUGUCGAAAUUUAUACCAGAAUUUUGAUAAACGUCAUUUUAAUUUUUAGUUGUCAUCGUAGAUUUUUUUGAGGUUGAUGCUUAAAACCCAAAUUUUUUGAUUGAAAAAUUAUUGUUAGUGAUUGUAAAUAAUCCAAUCAUAAUUUCACACGUAUCAUAACAGAAGAAAUGCAUUUUAUUUAAUCUUUUCUUUACAAAAGUAAUGUUAGUAUUUUAUUGACCUUUCGUGCUAAAAUUCAACUGAAAUAUGGCAAAUGUAGAAAUUGCAAAUCUCUUAGCUAGAAAUAGGAUACCUGAUAGUGACGUUAGUUUUAUAUUUUUCAUAUUUUAUCUCCCUUUGGGAUUAAUUUUAAUAGUAUUACGAUGUUGUUUACUACUUUUCUUAUUUCUCAUUUGUCAAUUUUUGCCUGAUACCCCGAGGAUUCAAAAGUUUGUUAAUAAACUGGCCUGUUUAGGUUUAGGAAUAUCAGUUCACGUUGAAAAUCUUAAAGUUAAAGAAAAGGUUCAUGUAUAUAUUAGUAAUAGCGUAUCAGUUUUUGACCAAGUAGCUGUUUGUAAAGCUACAGGUGCCGUAUCGCCUAGUUGUAGAACGACCGUAGAAAGGGUGUUAGGGUUUAGUACUUACUGCUUCGGAUCUAUCGUAAACGUAGAUAACUUUAAGAAUAACCUAAAACAAUUUAUGGAAGAGAGGACCCCCGUUUAUUUCGCCCCCGAAGAUAAAGUAACCAACGGAAAAGCGCUUCUCAAAUUCAAAACAUACCCCUUCGAAUUUACCAACAAAGUUCAACCUAUUUGUAUUACAGUCGACCGUCCCUUUUUGGAUAUCUCUGUAACCGUAAUGGGUUCAUCUUAUUUCAGUGAUUUAGUUUAUUAUCUGUUUUCCCCCGUAACUAAUUACAGACUGACGUUUCUUGAACCAUCGGAUAGGAAAACUAUGAGCGAUCAAGAAUUCGCGGAAAACGUACGUCGAAAUAUGGCAACGGCGCUGAAGGUACAAACGACUAAUUAUACUUCGAACGAUGUAACUGAAUGGGAAAAACGUGCUAAUUUCGCCCCCCCGAGACCCCAAACUCGUACCAGAUCACUAAAUACCCCGGAACUUACCAGAAUGGGGAAACAAGUCAAAGAAGUCCUACCGCAUGUACCACUAAACGCAAUUUACACUGAUUUAUAUAUAACGAGGAAUGUAGAUAGUACGAUUACGAAUAUUCUCGAGGGUCGAGUUCAUUUUACCCCUGAACAAUCCUCUUCGUCUAAUAACCAACCUUCGACUUCCGGCUCUUCGAAUUGCUCUUCGUUUAGCACGGCGGCUUCUUCUUUUCCGAAAUCCGCUUCGGAACGUACCAAAUCGUUCCAGGAACGCAAAGAACAAUUGAUAGCCACCGCCAGGAGGCGGUACAUCGAAAAACAUAACCUCGAUAUACCAAUUUAGGGAAAAUUCGGAUAUCGAAACGAUUUUUUUGGUAUUUUUUUUGUAUAAUUUCUUUUGUUUAGGAAACUUUUGGAUAUUUAUAAUCGAGUUGUAGGAGGGAUGUUUGAAAGUAUCGGAUGUUUCAAUAGUAUUGGUUGUUUUAAAAGUAAAUAAUCGAUUAUUUCACUGGUUUAUCGCAUUAUAAACAAUUUCUUAUCUCUGGAUAUAGAUGCCGAUUGUGUAUUGUAUAAAAAACUUUAAUUGCAGCUUGAACUUAAUUAUUAGCGAGAUUUUCAAUUGCAUCGGUGGGUUUUCCAUUUUCAAGCCAGGGAAAUGUUGUUAAACUAAGUCCAAAUGUUCGUUGCUUUUCGAACGCCCCUCGUAGAAUAUAUAAAAAUUGAAAUAAUAGUUUUACAGGGUUAUACGAAAAACAAUCGUUCGUUUAUUUGUACAAUAAAAAAUUAUGAAAAUUUUUGAAACAAAAAAUUUAAAAAAAAAUGUUUUCACUGGAAAAAUCACAGGUUUAUUGUAUCAAUAUCAAAAUCAUGUUUUUCUCAUUUAAUAAUCUUUCUUCUACUAAUACGGGGGCUGUAAGAUGAUUAAAAACUUCCUUUCAAGGAUACUAUGGAAAAACUUUAUAGAAACUUUUUGUUUUAAUUUGUGAAUUUUUGUCACUUGAAUUACAGCUUGAAUUCCAUAAUUUUCAAUUGCAGCAGUUCGUUCUUCAUUUUUAAGGAAGGGAAAUACUGUAGGAAUUCUAAUACACUGAAACCUUUUUGAACGCCCCUUGUAGAAUGUAUAAAAAUUGAAAUAAUUGUUUUACAGGGUUAUACGAAAAACAAUCCUUUUAAUUAUACUAUAAAAAAUGUGCAAACACUAAAAAUGUGUAUACCGGGUUUGUUUGUAAAAUAUUGUACUUUUUGAGAUAUAAAAUCUGUGGUUGGUUUUUUAUAUCAAUGUUAAAAUCAUGUCUCUGGAUAUAGAUGGCGAUUGCGUAUUGGUGAAUACGGGGGCAGUAAGAUGAUUAAAAACUUCUUUUCAAGGAUAUUAUGGAAAAUAGGGGUCAAAUAUUGCAGUUUUUUCCUGAUAUUUGUUUUGAUUUUUGGAUUUUUGUCAAAAAAAAAAUUAUUACAGCUUGAACUUCAUAAUUUUCAAUUGCAGCAGUUCGUUUUCCAUUUUCAAGGAAGGGAAAAACUGUAGGAAGUCUAAUACACUGAAACAUUUUUGAACGCCCCUCGUAGAAUGUAUAAAAAUUGGAAUAAUAGAUUUACAAGGUUAUACGAAAAGUAAUCGUUCGUUUAAUUGUAUAAUAAAAAAAUUAUACAAAUUAUAUGUAUGUAUACGAGGGUUGUUUGGAAAAUAUUCAACUUUUUUUAAUUAAAAACAAGAGAAAAAUGUUUUUACUAGAAAAAUCGGUCACUAUUUCUUAGUUAUCAAUGUAAAAAUCAAGUUUCCAUCAUUUUUUAAUAUUUCGUCGAUUUAUACGGGGGCCAUAAGAUGAAUACAAACUUUUCGUUCAACAGUCGCUAAAUAUUUUGAAAAAACGAAACUUAUCACCAAAUAUGUUCUAAUUAGUAACCUUUUAACCGUUCACUUUCUAUAAUUUGAUAAAAUUUUCUUUAGCAAUUCUAAUCAUAUAAAAACAUGUAUUACAUUCAGAAAAAUUAUAAACUUCCAUUAGUAAAGUUACUUUGAACACUCCCCUGUAUACGAAGUUUGAUACGCAAGCUACUUAUAGAUCGAGGAUGUCAAAAAGGCGGCGCUAAUUCCUCCCAAUGUUACUUCAGACCCAAACUUCUCUCACUCUUAAUACGACCCUCGUAGAAACGCUUCGAUAUCAGUUUACGCAGUCUCAAUUACAUGUGAUAAUCUUUAAGCACCAAAUACGGGGGUCGUAAAAUAAUUGGACGUAUAGGAAACAAAAAAAUAUGUAAUUAAAUUUUAUUCCUUUUUUUUUGAACGACCCUCGUAUAAUGUAAAAAGUAGUAAAAAAAAUAACCCUCGAAAAAUGUAUAAAAUCAUCAAGGUGGCGGCGUUAAAUCCACCCUAGUCUCGUCAGUAUAGUUACUUUCGAAUUAACCCUAGUAACAUGUAUAAAAUCUUCAAGAUAGCGGCGUUAAACCCGCUUUAAGUUCGUCAGCAUUGUUAUUUUCGAAUUAACCCUCGUAAAAUGUUUGAAGUCGUAAAACAACAAAUCUACUGUUUUAGGACAUCCUGUAUAUUUUUUUAUUGUUGAAAUUCGAAUUAUUUUAAUCAAACAUUUUCAAAUUAAUUAAAUGAUAGUUAUUAUGACUGGAUAUGAUUUUAGUUGGAAAGAUUUAUUUUAUUUGACGCGAUAAAUACGGGGGAUGUCCGUAAAUUACAUUCACUAGAUGUGAUUUGGCAUGAAUCUAACCUAAUAUUUAUCCGGAAGUAAGCGGCAUUCGAAGAUAAAUAACCUCAAAAUUUGACGUUUUCCUUUGAAAAAAAUUAGGUUAGUUUGAGAUAAAAUGACGUCUGGUAUAUGUAGUUUGUGUUUGGAGGGUUUUUGGACACCCUGUAUUUAGUACGUUCAGUUUGACAUUGUGAAAUAAGUAUUUAGAUUAAGGGGAAGGAAUGGUGCCAAUAACGAAGAAAUUUUUGCCUUAUGCUGCACAUUUAAGACUCUUUUAUUAUAUAAAAAUAUUAAAAUUAAUUAUUUUGAUUUAAGUUUGUAAAUAAUUCACUGUUAUUUAUUUUAUAAAUAAAAUAUGAGAAC